GUAGGUUUGACCGGCAGCGGCUUCUCCGAGCAUCAGACACAAUGAACCGUCAGGCGGCGAGGCGCACACACGUUGGCCCGGAGGAACUGACCCGGUUCUAGCCCGUUAUCGAUUACUCACGCGCCUUUUCUUUGACUUACUGAGUCAUUUCCUAACUACCAAGGCGCUGCAUGGCGGUAACAGGGCUCCGCUGGACACGGUUGGAUCGUCGAGUUUGAUAAAAACGAGGUCGGGAUCAGUCAACCGUUAGCCCCUCCUGGUGGAUCUUUCAGCUUUUUUUGUUCUGUUUUACCGCUUAAAGCCAACACAACCAGUCAGGGAACCAUGUCGCUGACUGCCUCGUCUGAUUAUUUCGCCGCCGAGUGUCUGGUGUCGAUAUCCAGCGGUCCCGUCCUGCACAGACCCACCCCGGUCGCCCCCGCCAGCCUGCCCAACACGGCGGGCCUUCUCCCCGGGGAGCCCGACGGGACGAUUGAGGACAGGGAGGUGCGGGAGACGCUGCGGCUGGAGGGGGCGAACAUGAUGGCGGUGGCCGGCAUCCUCACCGACCUGCACGGCAAGUUCCGCCCCAUGUCGGCCUACUCGGAGAGCAGCAACUCGUCAUGUGGUGGGGAGAGCGGUUACACCACGUUGUCCGACCCCACCACCCCUACCAUGACCCCCUCCGCCACCCCGGUGCCCGGGCAGCAGAUGCGGGGAGGAGGAGGCGUGGGGCCCCCCCGGUCCCCGGUGAAGCGACACCAGUGCACUUUUGACGGAUGCGACAGAGUUUACGGGAAAUCGUCCCACCUGAAGGCGCACAUCCGGACACACACAGGCGAGAGGCCCUUCCCCUGCACCUGGCCCGAGUGUGAGAAAAAGUUUGCCCGUUCCGAUGAGCUCGCCCGCCACACCCGCACCCACACAGGAGAAAAGCGCUUCCUGUGCCCACUGUGCGACAAGCGCUUCAUGCGCAGCGACCAUCUGAUCAAGCACGCCCGUCGCCAUCCCGACUUCCAGCCCUCCAUGUUGGGACGCAACAAGGGCACAUCCACAGCUUCCAGUCCAGCCCUGCACCAUUAGGAUGGUGCGUGUCUGGGUUUCCUGUGCACUGGGAUCAGCAGCAGCACGGAAGCUUGCGGUGGUUUCAACUUAACCAGCUACAAUCAGAUCCACCGAUACGGAUUUAGAAAUACGGUGUUGUACUCCAAAAUGCACACAUACACACAUUGUACACAAGUGAACACACAGAGCUGGAAGUGAGGAGCACGUAGCCUCAUCUCUCCAUCCACCCAGAUGAGUCAUGUGACCACUAUCCACCUGCUCAACUUAACCAGGGUUGGUUUCACGAAUGUUCCAAAUUUAUGAGAACCAAGGAUCUGUUUAAGAAAUGUGUUUUUUGAUUCCACUUAUCGUUUCCUGAGAGCAAAGUUUGGACUUUCUGCACUUCAUUUACAUGGCUGCUUACACAUGGAUCAAACCACGUGUAUAAUGUUUACAAUAUGGCAGACUGGAGCGAGUUUUUCAAGUGUAGCUUCACAAAAGAAUAAAAUGAAGUGACAUGAAACUACACAGUAAUAAAUACAUGCAGGGGAGGGAAGUUAAUCGAAUAUGAUGACACAUUUAUUACAGAAAGGUGUAAAGAUGCAGGGUGUUUCUUAUGCUGUAUUGUGACAUAGUGAAAUUAAACGGUGAAAACCUUUUAUACGAAAAGAACUAGAUAAGAGAGUCCGUUUUUGGUUUAUCCUCUGAAUUAUACACCAGUAAAGUCAAGGUACUUCAUCACAUUGAUGCAAAAAUUCUGUAAAACCAGUUGUGCCACACAGCUGUCGUACUCCUUGACUCGUAAUGCCGGACUUUAAAGCCUCAAAGUGAAAAUUACAGCCAUAAAAACCAUUAACAUGGUGCAACAGAAAACAUUUUUCUUUUAGCCAAGAGCAAAUAACUUCAUUCAUGACAGGUUAAUGGCAGUUCAAACCUUAUUUUCAACAUACUUCGGUUUUCAUUCUCAAUCAGGAUUCGAUAAGAUUUGGAAUCAUUAAGCACCGACCCUAAAUCCAACCUCAUUUCUCAAACUGAAACACUUUCACAAAUUGCAGGGAUUUUUCACGUUUUCUGUACAAAUCUCAUUCAUCAAAAGCCAAAACUUCUGUUUCUUGUGGUUUAUUUCCUGGUUGUCGUGCUUUUAAGUACCAUUUAUUUACCAUGAGUAGCACAAUAUUGUGAUGUUAGCUAGCGAGGCAGUGACUUUGAGCUUUUUUUUGUAGCUUUGAGUUUUAGUGGUGACACAUUCCUUAAUUUGUUUUUAUCGCAUAACCAUCAUUGAGGUGAUAAUUGUCUAUAUUGUUUUUCCCGUGUAUUUUGAGUUUAAUUGAUCAAAUGACCCUUUUUUUCCAGAAAGUGGGUCAGAGUUCACUCUAGAAAAGCUGUAUGCACGCCAUGCUCAAGUUUAGAUGAGUUAUUCAUGAAACGCUGACACAUAAUACACAGUAGUAUUAUCUCUAAUACUGAUGCAAAUGUAUAUAAGCUUUAAGCUUUUAAUGUAGAGACAUGGUAAUGCUACUAGCAGCAGAAUUAAUACAUGUGAUGAAUUGUAGUCCUUAUAUUAGGGGUAACAGUAUACGCUUGAUAGGAUGAGAUUGCCUGUGAGUGUUGGUGUGUAUUUUAUUUAGUAGGUAUUUUUUGUUAGUGACUGAACUGGAGAAUGUGUGUAUACAAUGGUAUGAAAAUAUUUAGGGACAAAAACAUGACAUUAGGUGAGCUUGAUAUUUGACCUUCCAAGUAAAGGCGUUCACCCCCGUGCUCAACGGGCGCGGGGAGCAUAUAUCAGGAUCAGGUGUGCCGGAUUUUAUUCACACGGUGUAAGUUUCAACAGCAGUUGAAACAAAGUUUAUGACUUCAAAUACUUCCCAUUCUAACCCUGUGUGUGGGAAUCAAAUCCGGUAUUAGAAUUAUUAUAGCAAUUUAAAAAAAGUCGGGGAAAGAUGAUACCACUAGAGCUUUAUUGUGAAGGGCAUUUUAACUUGUCGCUCAGGUGUAACUAACUUAAACAAUGGCUCUGCUCUGUGCAGUGAUCCAUUGAACCAGCGUUAACAAGACUUGUACAAUACUUCUAAAUGGAUUGCAGCCGUUAAUAAUGUUAUUACCAUAGACUGUACAGAAAGAUGGACAACAUGAUUGCGCCCCUAAAGUGAAGCCAAAUUGCUCAAUCCCCACCUGGUGGCUGGCUGCAGUAUUGGUCAUUAAGCAUGCCACCUCCAUUUUAGUGGUCCAUGUCUCACAUGGACCAAACAAAAAAAACAUUCUCAAAGUUUGUUUCUGACAUUUUGGAUAGUUCUUAUUACAUUGAUGUGUUUUCACAUGCAACUGUUUCCAUUUAAUUUGGUUUUAAUUAUUUAUUUUAUGCAAUCGAAAUGAGGUGAAACAUCGCAAUGGAUAGCUGAGACUGACUCAUGAUUGGUCGAGCACCCGUGUCUACUAUAUUUUGCCAACAUGGCUUCAUCCCCCGACCGCCUCACUGCGCAGAUUCUGGUGCGAAAAGACUGCAGAGUUCACAUCUGGGGUAUUUUGGCUUCAUUUCUGGAUAGUGAGAGGAAGUGGAUAUGUUUCUUUCAUCUUUAUAUACAGUCUGUGGCUAUUAUAUUUGUGUUAGAUAAAUUAAAAUGGCCACUAUAAUAAAGAUUUAGUUCAAUACUGGGUCAAACAAAACCUGGCACCUAAAUUGAAUAUUCCUCGUGGAGUAACAUUUGACUGAAUCGGGUAAACCUCAAGUAAAGUAGACGUAUGAAACCAAUUUGAGCACAUGCAUUGUCCAGGUCCGAGUCUAGAGAGGUUGAAUCUUUAAAAAAAAAUGUUUGUUAAUGUUUCCACACUGUUUGUCCAACUCGUGGACGUAUUCAUUUAUCUCAGUGAACAUCAAUUCUUCAGGAAAACUCUGAAAGCCUUAAACUAUGUCAUAACUACUUCGCACCAUGUUUACAGUUAGAUCAUUGUAUAGGUAUAUAUAUGCCCUCCUGUGGGCUCAUCAGAUACUCAUUAUGCAAUAUGGCACUUUUUCCUUACAGGUGUAUUCAGUUGGAUAGUGUAAUGGCUUGCACUGUUACUAUGCUUCUACAAGCAAGCACUGUGGAACUUUGCUGAUGUCUCUAAUAACUAAUGGUUUGUAAAACUGCCUUCAUGUCCAAGUGCUUUAGAAAGCAUGAUAAAAGAACUGAGUAGUUGUUGUUUCAGAUUUUUGUUUAUUUUGGUGUUUGCGUAGUCAUCCAUGCCAUCUUAUGUUUAGCAAUUUGUUUCGAUUAGAUUUUUUUUUGUUUUUGUUUUUGUUUCUACAGACUUCAUCAUCACUCCCAGAUCUUUUGACUUUGUUUCCUCCACAUUUAAAAAGAACAACUUCAGGUGUCUUCCUCAUUCAUACUUCAAACCAUCCUCUUAUCACCAUUUCUCUGUUGAUCUGUUCAUUUUAAUACAAGCUGUACUCAUCCAAGUGAAUACAAGGCUUUGACAUUGUGUGCACAUUUCCUCUGAGGUUUAAUCUGUUGACGGUUUUUGGUCGCUGCUGGCAGUGACCACGAACACAUGGACUGUUUAACAAAGAAUCACACACCUAAUACCUACUCGUUUGCUACGUUUUCAAACUGGAAAUCUAUCCUUCCAUCUCUCCUCAUUGAUGGAAGUGUCUUUACGCUCAGACUCUGUCCAGAUCUCAAAGCUACAAUAUCACAAGAACAACAUACCUCACGGACUUUUUCCUUUUUUCUUUUCUUUGCGGGAUCUGUGCGGCAUCCAUCCAACUUGUUUUUCAGAAAUUCAUAUAAAGCCAUCGAGCCUUGGGUUUCAGAAAUGAGUUUUUAUCAGCUA